AUGCUUCCCAGGAAGAGGAGGCUGUACGCUUUCCUACUGUUCGCUGCAGUGUGGAGCCUGGCUUUGUCGGUUACAAGGUAUUCCAUCCCCGAAGAAAUCGAGGUGGGAUCCGUUAUUGCAAAUCUAGCCACAGAUCUUGGACUCGACAUUAGCAGCCUUGGGGAACGAAACGUGAAGCUCGAUAUCAUUCAAGACAUCAACAAGAGAUAUCUAGAUAUCAACAAAGAGACCGGGGAUAUGUUUAUUCUGGAAAAGAUAGACAGAGAAUAUCUGUGCCCGACAAAGACUGUAUCAUCUUGUUUUCUCAAAAUGGAUGUCAUAAUUGAGAAUCCGGUACGUAUAUUUAACGUUGAAUUAGAAAUUCUGGACAUAAAUGACAAUGCACCUCAGUUUAGGAGAGAAACAAUGCACUUAGAUAUUUCGGAGUCUGCGUCACCAGGUGAACGGUUCUCUAUCACAAACGCCGUGGACAUGGACGUGGGCAAGAAUUCAAUUGAAACGUAUUAUUUAAGCCAGAGCGAACAUUUCACCAUUGACCUACAAUCGGGUAGUGAUGGGACCAAAUAUGUAGAUUUAGUUUUAAAAAAGGAGCUUGAUCGGGAAAAGCAGGCUGUUCACAAUCUCAUUCUGACAGCUGUAGACAGCGGGGACCCUCCGCGAUCCGGCACUGCCAGCAUUGUAGUUCAGAUUCUGGAUACGAAUGACAACGCCCCUCAAUUUGACAGGCAAGUUUACUCUGUUGACUUAAUUGAAAACGCAUCAGCCGGUACUUUAGUCAUGAAACUUAACGCAACAGAUAAGGACGAGGGUUCAAACGCAGAGCUGACUUAUUCGUACACUUUGUACACAUCCGAGAAGACCCAGGAGAAAUUCUCCUUAGAUCAGAACACAGGAGAAAUCAGAGUAAAAGGAGUUAUUGACUUUGAGGAGAUUAAAAGUUUUGAAAUGUACAUUGAAGCAAAAGACCACGGUCAGCAACCUCUCUCUGGACAAUGUAAAAUACUGGUGUUUAUCACAGAUCUGAAUGACAACCAUCCUGAAAUUACAGUCAAAUCUCUGAAGAGGUCAAUAGAGGAAGAUGCUGCCAUAGGAACAGUGUUAGCUGUUGUAAGUGUAAGUGACAGAGAUUCGGGAGAUAAUGGUAAAGUGGAUUUAACUAUCCAUGAUAGAUUUAAUCUACCCUUCUUACUCAACAAGUCCUCUGAGGAGUAUUUUUCUUUGCUUGUGUCUGAACCUUUGGACCGUGAGAAAGUGGCCAAUUAUGACAUUACAUUUAAAGUGAAAGACAGGGGCACGCCAUCUCUCUCCGACAAUGAGACAAUCCGAUUAGAAAUACUGGAUGUCAAUGACAACGCGCCCCAAUUCCCAGAGUCUUUCUACACCAUCCAUGUCAUGGAGAAUAACGAGCCUGGGACACUAUUGAGCUCGCUCUCGGCGCAUGAUCCCGACCUGAGCGAAAACCAGUAUCUCGUCUACUUCAUUAUGGAGAAGAUGAUCGCCAACACGUCCAUGUCCAUGCUUUUCUCCAUCAAUCCGGAGAACGGGAACCUGUACGCGCUCAAGACGUUCGACUACGAGCGAGAGAGGGAGUAUCUGUUCCACAUCGAGGCGAGGGACUCCGGGGUCCCUCCGCUGAGCAGCAACGUCACCGUCCGCAUCAUCAUCCUGGACCAGAACGACAACACCCCGCAGAUCGUGUCCCCCUGGAGCGCCAAAGGGACGGUCAUCGAGGAGGUCAUCCCCAGGUCCUUCGAGAAAGGCUCGCUCCUCACCAAAGUCAUCGCUCUGGACGCAGACUCCGUGCAGAACUCGCGCAUCACCUACCAGUUCCUGCAGGUGACCGACGCCACCCUGUUCAGCCUGAAUCAGUACAACGGCGAGGUGCGCACCACCCGCAUGUUCAGCUACCGAGACCCCCGCUACCAGCGACUGGUCAUCACCGCCAGGGACAACGGCGACCCUCCCCUCUCCGCCACGGUCACCAUCAAGAUCACCACCGUGGAGCAGGUGGUCACCGAAUUCGCCGAGACCACCGAGAUCCCGCUGCACUACGACCUCUUCACCGACCUGAACCUGUACCUGGUCAUCGGCCUGGGGUCGGUGUCCUUCCUGCUGCUGAUCACCAUCCUGGUCAUCAUCGUGCUGAAGUGCCAGAAGCCCAAGCCCACCAAGCCGCCCUCCAACAGGAACAGCGUGGCCAGCCAGAGGAACUCCACCAUCGCCGACUCCACGCUGAUCUCCAGCGACGCCUACUGGUACAGCCUGUUCCUGGCCGAGACCCGGAAGGGCAAGGUGGUGGUGAGGCAGCCGCUGCCCAACGGCGCCGGCUACUUCGUGUCCAGCAUACCCAGGAGCAUAGCCCUCACGACGACCAGCGAAUCGCGGGCCUCCACGUUACAGUACUCAAAAUGAAAGGAAGCCCAUUCUGCAGCUGGAGGAGUCAAGCAGCGACCUGCCAUGACCCCAAAAUGCCAGCUCUCUCUCCCUCUGUCUCUCUCUCUCUCUCUCUCUCUCUCUCCCUCUCUUCCUCUCUCUUGCUGCACUAAGAUGACUUCCAUCCCCUCCAACAAUGUCACAAAAAACUCUACUCUUCAUACUCCUGAAGGAGGAGCUCAGUGGACCUCUGAUAUGAACGAGUCAGUCAAACAGUUACCUCAGUAAGAUGAAAGAUGCCCUCAAUAUCUCCCAUCAAGCAUGAUGCUGCAUGGCAACAGCAGACGCUGCAAACGUACAUUUGUAAAAUACACAGGUAAUGCUUUGCAUGACAUUUCCCUUAACUAACAUAAAUGGCGUGGGGUUAACUUAUGGAUUGAAUGAUGCUAGUUCAGAGAUGCUGGAUGCACUGAUAGAAGCCAAUGUUUUAUUUAACAUAGAAACAUAACCAGCAGAUGUUACCAUUCAAAAUGGUAUGUCAAUUCUGAAGAUUGGGGUUGGAUGGAUUCAUGUUAGUUAUUGGAGCUUUAAUGUAAAGCCUUACUUAUGUAUAUAUUUAAAGUGUUUCACCAAAAAAGAUGUACAUGCUGAGUCAUCUUAGGCAUACAGCUUUCAUACGGUUGACUGUAUCUAACAGACAGUGGUCAAAAAGAUGUGCAUUUUGACAUUCAUCCAUGUUUCACCAUAUCGUUUGUAAUGAUAAGUAUCAGAUUACAAUGAAAAUAUCAAAUCUGUACAAAUCCACAGGGUCUUAGGUCACAGCUUAUAGUUCUGUGACAAAUCUAUGAGAAGUGGUUCAUGAUUCUUACACUAGUAGAUCAACAGGAUUAUGAAUCACUAGCAGAAGCAUUUGAAACCUUUGAAGUUGUCUGGUGCUUGGCCAUACUGGCAGCCAUCUAGGUGUUGGGCAGGUAUAUUAAAAAAAAAAAAAAAAGAAAGAAAUCAUGUUAAAAACUGGAUACUAUCUAUGACCCUUAAGUGCAUUUAACUGGGUUGCUGAGAUACACGCACCCUUGGAGACAGACAUUGUAGAUACUUUCUUCUUGUCUAGUCUUUUUUUCCCCUAUGAGCCCAUGUAUGCCCUGUAUGGCAGAGAAUCCAAUCUCAGGCCAGCAUUAAAAACACCAGACCACAGCCACCACGGCCCACGCUUAAAGUACAAUAUAAAGGUACGAUAAGGUACAGCCUAUGUUAUUUAACCACAAAUAACCAAAAAUGACACCACAGGCGUUGCGGAGAUCCCAUAGAGUGCAAGCAAAACACAGAGCCAGUGGCUGACUGCAGGUCCAGGGAGUGCAAGCAUUAAGUAGCUUUUGUAAAAAAGGCCUCCUGUGCCAUACAGGUUCAGUGUUACACUCACAGCUAUUUGCACUGUGACAAUAUGCCAGCUACUUCCUGUAGUUUUUGAAUCAAUAAAACCACAAAGUCAUUAUUCUAACAUCCACCGACUAGAACCGUAGCGACACACAUUUUAAAAGACUGUUGAACUAAAGAAAGUAAUGUAUAAAUGUAAGUACUUUGUUAUUCAAUUUGCACUAACAGUGCAAACGAUUUUUGUUAUUUGAAACGGUAUUGGCCAAGUCAUUGUUUACAUUGUUUUAUGAUUGAGAAUAUCAGAGCGUUAAGUGCACAUUGUGCGAUUUCAUCUGCGCUUCAAACAUGGGCUUUCCAAUAUUACAGGAAGUGUCAUUUAUCUUUUACAAACAUUUUUAUUCUGACAGUGAAAUGAAUAAUGUAUUUUUUUGAGGGGAAAAAUACAAACAUCUUUAUCCGUUGCAUUCUGCAAGAGUGUCGGAUUUCUGUAAAGGCCAGGAUCCCAUCUAUUGACAUUCUCAGUACAGACUGGGGUUCAAUAAUCCUAAUUUACUGGGGUUCAGUAAUCCUAAUUUACUGGGGUUCAGCAAUCCUAAUUUACUGGCAUUUCAUUUUGUUUUGCCGUCGCACAACAGGUGAGCUGUUAAGGAUGGAUGAGAUGACAGAAUGUUGCUUUAAUUCUGAUGACGUUUGACAGAGCAAAUCCCUCUGAAAGCUGCUUUUUCCGUAUCAAGUGCUAUUGUGUAAAGGAUUGUGUUAGUGGUGAAACGUCUUUGUCAGGUUUAGUUUUUGAGAAGGAGUUUAUCAUCAUGGGGCCUACCAGUACUAUAUUAUAGAGAAGAGGCAUUUUUGGGAGGUGACUCACAAGUGAACGUAGAGCACAUUUCCACACCUGGCUUGCGCCGUGAAUCAUCGGUGCUGGACUUAAACAAGCCAUCCAUCAGUGUGACAGAGGGAGCGGGGGAGGGAGGAAAGGUGCAGAGCACAUCAGAAAAAAAACUGGGUCAUUUGCUCCUGUUUAGAUUCCUCCAAGACUCCCCAACACACUCACACACACAGACACACAGACACACACACACUCUCUCUCUCGCUCUCUUGCUCUCCUUUAUUUUCCUUAGA